CCUCUUUCCGCCGGCAGCGUACCAAACCAGAGAGAGUGAGGGAGGGUAACCAUGGUGUCUCUGAAACUUCAGAAGCGGCUAGCCGCUAGCGUCCUCAAGUGUGGCAGAGGGAAGGUUUGGCUUGACCCUAAUGAGGGCAAUGAAAUCUCCAUGGCCAAUUCACGCCAAAACAUUAGGAAGUUGGUUAAGGAUGGCUUUAUUAUCAGGAAGCCAACUAAGAUCCACUCCCGUUCCCGUGCUAGGCGCAUGAAGGAAGCCAAGAGGAAGGGUCGUCAUUCUGGAUAUGGUAAGCGCAAGGGUACAAGAGAGGCAAGGCUCCCCACCAAGAUCCUUUGGAUGAGGAGGAUGCGUGUCCUCAGGCGUUUGCUUCGCAAGUACCGAGAAGCAAAGAAAAUUGACAAGCACAUGUACCAUGAUAUGUACAUGAAGGUGAAGGGUAAUGUCUUCAAGAACAAGAGAGUCCUUAUGGAGAGUAUUCACAAGUCCAAGGCCGAGAAGGCAAGAGAGAAGACGUUGUCUGAUCAGUUUGAGGCCAAGAGGGCUAAGAACAAGGCAAGCAGGGAAAGGAAACAUGCCCGAAGAGAAGAGCGUUUUGCUCAAGGUCCCGGUGAGAAGGCACCUGCAGCACCAGUGGCGGCACCAGCUGCAACAGCAACCCAGCCUGCCCAACCUUCAAAGAAAUCCAAGAAGUAGAUCAAGUAUUUGGUUUGAGGUUUAAUUUAAUCUGAUUUUUCAGUUGUACAAGUACAAUUUUGUAUUUGUUAUUUUGUUUUGCCAAUUUUGGUAUGGAUAUGGUGCAUUUGGUUGAGAAAUACAUUUGUUAUUUUAUUAUAA